AUGUGUAAAUUUAAACCAUUCAAUGGGACGCUGGAUUGUUUAUUAGAUGAUCAGCAGCUUGAGAUACCAAUAUUUAGAGAAGAGGAAGGUCAAUACUUAGCAUCAUCUCUAGGUGAUCCACUGAUCAAAGGCUUAACGGAAGUUGCGAACGCGCGUCCAAAGGAUCCAGUCACUUAUCUGGCGACAUAUUUAUACAAUUUUGCUAAUAAAAGCAAUAACAGUGCCCAAGAACGGGAACCUAAUGUCUUAAUAAUUCCCGAUCGCGAAGAGGAAAAUAUUGAAGAUGUUGAGAAUGGAAACGCAGACGAAGACGCUGGUUACCCACAGAGCCCAGGUUCUGAUGUCCCUGAAUCAGCUUUCAGCAACCCCAAUAGAGAUGAACAUGGACAGAGUGUAAUCCAUUUCGCGGCCAUUCGUUCUUACUCGAAAGAUGGGCUGUUCCAUCUUCUUCAGGAGAGCCAAGUCAAUAUUGGAUUCAGGGACGAACUGUACAGAACAGCGAGGGACGUUGCUGAAUUGGCAAACAUUCGGGAAAAUGUCGAUGAAAUUGACCGUUACGUGGCCUACCUAGCAGCCAGAGGCGAAACGGAGAAAUUAGUGGAGCUGCUAUUGGAAGGAUACGACCAUAUUUUGGACGUGACAGACGGAGGUGUGAAUAUUGUGGACAUCGCGGCGGAACGAGGACGGGACGCGACAGUACAGUUUCUGCAGUCUAUUCCGAAUUACGUGACGCAACGCGAGGAAGUACACCACGAAAUUAGAGUAGGCGAUAUUGCAAAGGUGAAGGAGUUGUUGAACAGAAACAACGGUGGAGGAAAACUAUUGGCGAUGGGAAAGAAUCCGAUGAGUAGAUGCGCCCUUCACAUUGCCGUUCUUCGCGAGAACGAGGAUCUGGUUGAAUUCGUUGCAAAAACAUACCCGGAAACUCUACGAAUCGGUGACAACUUGGAAAGAACUGCUUUGCAUUACGCGAUGGGCCUACAAUCAGUUGAACAGUUGAGCACCAUUCUGAUCAAAUCGGGUGCAAAGCGCAUCGUCAAAGAUCUGAAAUCACGACAACCUUCCUACUACUUCAUGAACAAGUCUGACAUUGAAAGGCUUCAGGAAGAAGAAGAAAGUCUGAUGAAGUAGAUCAUAGAUC